AUGCCCCGAGCCAACGCGGGGCAACCGAGCUUCGGAAGCGGGGCCGCGUUUCUCAUCGAUCUAGCCACAUCUGCAGGGGCAAGUGGGGUGCAUACGUGGAUACCAGCCACACCUCUGGGCCAAUACCCGAUGUCUCCUGUGGCUCACUGGCCCUCCAUAUUUCAGUGCCAAGGCCGUGGCAGAAGCUCACGAGCCGCAACUGAGCUGCGUCUUUUGCCUCAGUCUGCGACCUUUCCUCGUCGAUCGUCGACGAGCCGAGAGGCAUUGGCCCUUCCGACGCCGCUCUCUUCGGCCAAACUCCCCUAUGAAGCUUUUUCCGAAUGGGUCGAUUUACGAUCUGUCCCUGCAGCGCCCCCUUCAUCGACCCUUAGAGAGCGUCUCCCGGCAAUGAAGGCUCCCAUGUCGAAGUGCUGCCGCUCGCUCCAGCGCCCCGUCGUGGCUCCCAACCUCCAGGCUUACUCGGUGUGGAUUACCGAUAGCCUGCUUGUUAGCGCCUUCGACCGGUAUUGCUCUGUCUCCCGGGCAUGGAACCGAAGCCUUUCCCAUAUCCCUGGCCCGCUGGAGAGCCAGCGUCGGCUGGGGAAGCGCCGCAUGGGCGAUGCUAGCACCCAGCUCAUGCCUCCAACUCCCGCUCCCUGGAUGUUUCCGGUGCCCCUAGAUCUGUCGCAUUGGACAUGGCAGCCACCGUCGCUAUGGUCUUCAAGUCCUGCCGAACAUAAUCGAUCCCGCUUUCCCUACGACGACAUUGGUGUGGCCGACUUGGUGCGGCAGUGGCUAGGUCCUCAACAAAGGCUCGUAGAUGAUUUCCAAGAAUUCCCUGCGGUUCCUGAAACGCUCGAUAUCCCGGUUACAGAUACAGCACAAGUUCAGGCAUCCCUCGAGUUUGAUAUGUCUGCCGUCCGCUUAGCUGUCCAGAAGCGGAGGGGUUUCGAGGUUAAGAGGCGUAUCACGGCGAUCGCUAAGAAGCUCAGACAGCAUAUAUACCUCGGACUGGUCCCUUCGGAAAAGAUAUAUUCCUUGGUCGUUGAGCUUUUUGCGAUUACGGAGUCCUCAGUGUGCCCUUACGGUCGGAAAGCCGCUCUGGACCUUUGCUGGGCUAUCGUCCGGGGUUCGGCAACUUCCUCCGUGUUCUCGCCUACCAUGCUGGAUCCACGGCUGUGGAAUACCAUGCUUCUCCAAUUGUCAAGAAAGCCAUUUGCGGACGACGAGCUCUGCCGCGUGGUCAACUACUUUGCCGACGCUCUAGAAGUCCUUCCUGAAACCGACCGCCCACCGAUAGCAGAAGGUCUACUCCGACUCCUCAGUUCCUUCUUCUCUACUUGGGCUGGCGCUGAUAAGAAGCUCGUCCCAUUUAAUACCAUGGAACUUCUGCUAGCUGAUGCAGGUCUGCAUUGCGAUCCAGAAAACAUGCCGUGGCUCUUGCGUCACCCCAAAACAGUCGUGCGGAUGCUGCAGCUUCUUCCUCAACAGGAAGUGGACAGCUUCCUCCAUCAGGCCAACCAGCUUGUCCUUGAGCAAGCAUCCAAAAUGGAAAAGAGUUGCCGAACGCUGCGAUCCUGCUGGCUCCUCACCCUUGCCCAGCUACCCAACGUUUCCGAAACCUUUUUCUUUGACAGCAUUGUUGCUCUUUCCCAGGCAUCGUUGCCAAUGAAGCCGAUCACAGCUACGGAGUUGUGCGCAUUGAUAUUCCUUCACUGGCGGAGUCAUGGGUACCUGGCAUCUGAGGAGCGCUGUCGGGUUCUUUAUAACGCAUACCGGCGAGGCCCAAAUAACACAGCUUUUGCCAGACUACUCGCAGCGAUAGGGGCUCAUUGGUCUGGAACCCCCGACCAUGUGACUAAGCUAUAUACCAGUUGUUGGACGCUCAUGGCUAAAUUGGGCCGCACAAGGGAAGUCUUUUGGUCUCUCCGACAUUACACGCCUUCAAAGAAAGUGACCAAGGACAUGCUACAGCAGCUAGCUCUCGUAUGCGAUAACCAUCGCAUGGCAAUACGGCUAAAAGAACUGUAUUGGCGCAAGCUACGGAAGCCUGGAACGCCUGACAGAUUUGAUCCUGGAGUGUUUGAAAAAUACAUUGAUGCCAUUGUGCUCGAUCCGCGACUUCCGCCAAGGAUGAUCUGGCGGGCUCUUGGAAUCUACAGGAUGGAUGGGAGAAAAACAACUUUGGCCGAGAAGCUGCAGCACCAACGAGGUGCAUACGGACAACAAAGGGCUGAGCUAGCAGCGAAGGUAUCAGAUGCGUUUGUUAAGGCCACUCACAUAUCCGACCGGGUGGCAUUCCGUCAUGUCUCGCAGUGCUACCUGUUCAUCAGGGCCAUCAAACGCGAGCCCCCGAUCAGGGUGAUUGAGAACAUCUACCGUGUGGUUAUCAGGGAUAUGCAACGGCAUCAACCCGGGAGAACCAAACGCCUGUUAUGGUUCCUCAGCAUUGUCGAAAGGCACUACGGCAUCCAAAUCGCAUUCUCUUGUCGCCUCAUUCUGAGACAAUGGAGGUCCAGAUUGAAGCGGUGGUGGUUGAGCAUGGGAUAUGGUGAAGCUCGCUUCUGA